CCGGCGCCGGGGCUGGAGAGGGCGCUGGGCGGCGGCUUCCCGCGGACGCCCAAGUGCGCGCGCUGCCGCAACCACGGCGUGGUGUCGGCGCUCAAGGGCCACAAGCGCCUGUGCCGCUGGCGGGACUGCGCGUGCGCCCGCUGCGCCCUCAUCGCCGAGCGCCAGCGUGUCAUGGCCGCGCAGGUGGCGCUGCGCAGGCAGCAGGCGCAGGAGGAGAGCGCGGCGCGCGGGCUGCGCGGGCUGCUGUGCGCGGGGUCCGGCGACGCCCUGCGGCCCGGCGCGGCCGCCGCGUGCGAGCGCCUCCGGCACGACGUCGCGGAGGGCGAACGAGAGCCUAAAGAGAGUAAAUGUGACUCAGGCCAGAGUGGACAUGAAGAACCAGUCUCCAGAUCCCACCAGUGUUUUCCGGCUUCGUCUCCCAAGUCUCAGGGUGUCAUUGGGCAGCAGAGCCUCAGGUCAUCUACUUCAGAACACGCCAGUCAGCCUGAAAGCCUCCUGUCUUCCCACCCUGGGGAGCAAUCAGGAGGGGAAGACAGUCCCAGGUCCUUGUCAUCCUCGGAUUUGGAGUCAGGAAAUGAGAGCGAGUGCACCAAGGACUGCGCUGUCAGGUUUCCCACAGUGUCCUCGCGACCAAGGGAUCCCCUCGACAUUCUUACCAAGAUUUUUCCAGGCUACAGGCGUAGCCAGCUAGAAGGCAUUCUGCAGUUCUGCCAAGGAGAUGUGGUCCAAGCCAUCGAACAAGUCUUGAGUGGGAAGGAACAUGAGCCAGCCACAGGGGACCUGGUACCCUCAGAAGAUGUGGAAAAUGCAACCUUUCAGGGAGCUUCGAAUUUUAGCCUAGCUGGGAUCGGUUUUGGAACUCUUGGUAACAAAUCUGCAUUUUCUCCUCUUCGCACCACACCCGUUUCUUACAGAGGUGAUUCAAGUCUCUACAGCUUCAGUCCUAGGCUAGCUAUUGGUCCGUUGCGAUUGGCAUACUCUUCUGCAGGAAGAGGGCUCACAGGCUUUAUGUCGCCAUACCUAACACCUGGGUUGGUUCCAGCACUGCCUUUUCGGCCAACUUUGGAUUAUGCCUUUUCAGGGAUUAUGAGGGACUCGUCCUACCAUCCUAGUAAAAACUCAGUAACUGGUGGUAGGCUACUAGGCCGCCCCAGUCAGGGCCAUCUGUGAUGGAUCUGCCAUUCCCCCUUUCCGGAGUGUUUCUAGAACUGUACAACAUAUCCAAACACACACGGUGUCUCGUAAUUAUGUCAAAAAGUAUAUUUGACUAGCAUUUGGGGCAGUACCCAUUUCCAUAUAUGUGAGUGAAAUACUAGGCCUUAAAAAAUUCUAUUUUUUUAACAAGCAGUAUAAAAAACUUCAGGCUUGAAGACUAUUGCAUUUAUUAAGCGAAAGAAACAUUUGCACAUACGUGCCUUGAAUAGCGCUGUUUUAGGAAAAAUCUUAUUUAACAACUUGUUGGCUAAAUUGUCAUAAAGUUUUUAUUUUAAAACUGUACUUUUUAUUUUUAGUGAAAAGCAUGGCUUCUAGCUAUAAUAACUUUAUAGUUGUAAAGAGUAAUCCAUCAGAAUAUAAAGUGAACCAAGAGAGAAAUUUAAAAAUAUGAAUAAAUUCCAAGCAAUGAUUUUCUAAAACUUUUUCUCUUGUUCCUAUUCACAGAACAACAACGUUACCAAAAUAUUUUGUAUUUUCAGAAAAGUGAUAAGUAGUAAGUAAAAAAUUUGAAGUUUUGACUUUUUGUAAUGUUUUAUUUUACUCUUAGCUACCAUUUACAAAAGCCACUGCCAAAAAUCUGCCACUCCCCACCCUUCCCAUCCACUCUACAGAGAAAUCUUGUCAAAUAGCUUUGGACUGUGUGUGCUUCUCCCUGCCUUUUACAUUCUUAAAGGUACUUUUUACAACUGGUAUCCUUACAAUAAGGGUCGCUCUUCAGCACUGUCAUACUGCUAAAUCUCUUACCACUGUUCCUCUUACAUUUUUUUUUUACCAUUCCCUAAAUUUCUUUUUUUCCUCUCGUCUGUUUCUCGUUAUACACAAUAAAUAUAGAUUUACUAUGAAGAAUAUAAAUUAUUUUAGCCUUGUGAAUUUCACAAAGGCCCAGUAAGUAAAUCUUAGGAAAUGAGACUGCGCCAUCUUCUGGCCACUAUCACUAAUUGCGACUCAGAUUCCCAGAGGUGAGUUAGAAACACUUUUUCUAAAAGUAAACAAGAGUUUGGAAAUGGUCAUUUUGAAUCAUUCUGCAUUAAAAUGUUCUUAUUGUAAAGUACCUUUCUACUGUGGAUGAUGUUACUGUUUUGUGUGCUUGUUCCUGUGUCAGGAAAUAUCUCUUGCAUGUAUGUGAGACAAGAGUACAGCACCCAUUCUCAAAGGUAAAGGUAAUUUUGUUCAAAAAAUGCCCAGACAAAAUAUUGAUUGAUUCUAUGUAGAUGAUGCUGAAUGCAUCGAGGACACAUAGGAUUUCCACAGGGGAAAACUGCCAUUAAAGUAUAGUGGUAUUCUUGAGGUUUUAAAAUUACAUUUUGUUCCUCAUGUGGAGCACAUGAAAGCUAUUUAUUUCAGUCAGUAGAAAGUCCCUGAGGAAACUGCUUACAAAACAGUUUUAUGAAGUUUUCUUUAUAUGUCAUGAGUUUUGUUAAAGACAGUAACUUCAUUGUUAUUGUUAGGGAUAAAUGAAAACCCAGCUGUGGUAUGAAUUUAGAGAUAUUUUAAAUAAUUUAAACAGCAUGACUCACUGAAGUUUUCCUUAAUUAUAUCUAUAUUCAUAUAUAUAUAUAUAUAUAUGCACAUCUAUGUAUAGAUACACACUAAAUUCUUAGCACUAUGAAGUCUGUGGUAAAGCCAGUAGGAUUAUAUAUCUGAAACAUCUUUUACCAACAAAUUACAUACGACACAGUGUCUGGUGUGGUUUUAGGGUGCAAAUAUAUUUAAUGAUUGUUCAUUAAUUUCAGUUGUGAAUAUGAGAAAGAUACAGUCACUACCAAUUUAAUUUAUAAAGUAAUUUAAAUCUGAGUCUGAUCUACUACAAUAACUAGAAAAUAGUUGAUAUUCAAUUAAUAUAUACUAAAUGAAGUGAUUUUUGGAUAAUUACUCUCUCUGAGCCUUUGAUAAAACCAAACAGCUCUACAAAAUGGCCCACAGGUGUACACUUUUGUAUCCAAUUUAAUGGGAUUCUUGAUGGAAUCCCUUAUGAUUCUUGAAUUAUUAAAUUUGUUAAAUGCCAUUUUUUGAAAUGUACUCAAUCCUAUAGAGAAUUUUAAGUGAAAAUGUUUUCUGUAAAAUAGCUUACAGUAUACUGUAGAGAUCUGGGUUAAAAACAGUUCUAGAAUUGCUGGAUACUUCUGUGAUUUCCACAGUGAUGUGCGUGUAUUCAUUGGGGAUACUGAAUUGCUUUGGAUCUAGAAGAUGAACAGCCAUUUGAAGGAGUGUUCAAAAUUUAAGCAUAAUUUAAUAAUCUUAGAAAUUAAUUCAUAUACUUUUCUGUACCCCUUGUACUUUCAGGAUUUUUUAAAAAUGUAUUUGUACAGGGUCUCAUUAUGCAGCUUGGAUUCAUAGUGAUACUCCUG